AUGGGUCAUUCAAAGAAGAUGGCUGUAUCACUCUUUACGUGUGCACUACUUAUUCCCUCUCUUUUCACACCCUAUGUCACUGCAUCCUAUUCCCACCACCACGAACGCCGCAAUCAAACUCAUCAAGAGAUUGGCAAUGAAGGAGUGCAAUCGGACGGCCGCGAUUUCGACCUGCUCGAUCUCACGAGGCUCUUCCCCGAGGGGCACAUCCCCUCAGAUACUUCUGAUCUGCAGUAUGGCCUCAUUACCUUUGGAGGCGGCUCCGAUUCUGGCGCGGUAGAACCUGCUAGCUCGGGAUCCGGUUUUCUUCUCGCUGUUGGGGAGCCUCAUGGACUUACCCAACUUCAGAAGAGAGAUGGCCGACCGGAUCCUUUUGUUUUCCUUGACUGCCCUGCUGGCGUACUCGACCAACCCGUCAACCAAACUCAGAAAGCUAGAGUCGUCUGCACAAGUCAGGAUGUCGAUGGCUGCUUUAGGGUGAUGGAGCGUGGAGUUGAAGGCACUUUGGUAGAGAUGCCAGAGGAGUGUGCACCAAAUUCCUUUGCUCGAGCAAUCUCACUAGAGGUUGCUGAAGACCAGACUAUGCCAGACCACCUGGCCAAGCUACAUACCCCCACCUCCCCGAUAUACGAGUUCUCCUUUGACUUUAACAAACACGAGCGGCGAGCCGAUGCGAAAGUAGCCAUACGAAUGGAUAUAACAAACGUCAAAGGAUACUGGGACGGUCUUGUCGACUCUCCUCGUGUUCAAAAGCGUGAUGUCGAGCGUAGAUAUCUUUCGUCUCUCAACCUUGAUUGGAAGAAAACUUUACAAAAAGGAGACAAAUUCCAAUAUGGUUCUGGUGAAUACGCACUAAAAGUCAAAAAGGACUUAGGUACGGCGGUCUUUUGGCAAGCCGCCGAGAACUGUCCUGUAGGUGAUAAGCUCUAUGGUGAAGGUAUCGCAGCUUUUAUGGAGGGCAAAGUCGAUGCCAGGCUACACUAUGCUGCUACAGUCAUUGCAACCUCAACCAAAGGCUCUUCGAGAGUUGACGUCAAGGAAGCCACUGGCUUCAUCAAAGUCACUGGCCAGACGGAUUUGACCUUUGGAGUUGGCGGAAUGGGUCGUCUCGACAUCAGUAUGGCCGGAAAGGGCAAUCCUGCCAAGAGCGAGGAAUACUAUGAAGCCUUUCAAAGACAGACGAUUAAUGCAGGGUCUCUGUGGGGCUUCAUGAGACUCACUCCCUUCAUCUCUCGGCAAACGUCUUUGGCCACGUCUCACAUGGAUGAGUCCCCAUCCACCGUAGCUAAUCACGCGGCGACCUUAAACGGACGUCUGACUACACGAGUCAAGACUGACUUGGGCUACUUUCCCGCCGUGUUUCCCCACAUUGUAUCUCCAGACGAGAUGGACAGUCUUAGAAGGGACCACAAGAAAACCGAGAUGGAGAGUUUUAACGACGACAUUCUUUAUGGAGACGGAGGCGAGAAAGGGAGCACCAUACAAAUCGGACAUAAUCUCGUUUUUGGGCUCAGCCUGGACUUUGGCAUAUUCCCCGAUGUACAGGGUCAGCAACCAACUCGCGAGUCCAGCGCUGCAUUUUUACUUGUUACCAGCGAGACAUAUGCCAGUUGGGAUAUCCCACCAGCCGAGAACGACCAAGUCUGCCCUCAUGCAUCAGCCUCGAGUUUACUUAGACAAGGGGUUGUUGGCAAAAACCUUCUUGGCUGGAAAGAUGGCAAUGGGUCGGCUUUACUUUUCGUUGACAAAGAAGCUCCUUAUCACGAACCCUGCUACUCGACCAAGAGUAAGCGAGCAGCCGUGGAAUUCCCUUCACCAGGAAACCAGUCUGCUGCCACAUCGACUAACAAAUACGAUAAGAGGGGGUUAUAUAACCCCGAAGAUACCUUCGGUUACAUGCAACUCAGACCCAACAAUGCACUUCGCCACGGCGCCAACCUCUUUGUUCAACAAAGAGUCGAUCGAAAUCUCGGCAAGAUCAACUGCGAUAACGGACGAUGCGAGUCUUGUCUUGAUGUGAAAGAGCCAAGAAACUGCUGCGGCUGUGUUUGCAUGCAAUGCAAGUGGGGACCUCGUGGCGAUAUGCCACCAUGUGAAAAGUGCACCGAUGAGGGAGUGAAGGGUGAAGUGGAAUGGCCAGGUCCCCACGUGAAAAGGGAUCGAAUCGGUGGCAACGACGUUCCCGAGGGUGGAGCUCAUGAUCACAAGAACGAUUUAAACACUCGUGCAAGUCUCAUCUAUCCUGCCUGGAAGGGUGUCUCUGUUUGUGGCAAGCGGUACAAACACAUCAGAAAACAGGAUUCGCCUCAAUACAGGUUUCCACAGUUCCCCAAGGACGUGACAAAGGUAUGGGACGGGGCCGAUGGUGGUGCUUACGACUCUAUUUCCCGCUACUGGGGAAAUAGCUCGGCGGACUGUACCGACUGGAGUAUCGGGCGUAAACCUACACGCGACCAGACCCAUAUCGGCAACGGCGUCUUCGUUCCAUCAGCGUAUCAGACGGAGCAUGUUUACGAGGGCCAGAACCUGGGUCAAUUCUUUACUGAGUGGCUCACUCAUGGCCAAAUUAAAAGGCAAAAACCAUAUCCAGGAAUUACAACAAGCAAAGUUGACUGUGGCUGGAUCAAGAAGUGGAUCAUGGCCGUCGAUGGCGUCAACUUUCCAUGGACCAAUCCUUCAAAGCCAGGGCAGUAUUACUCCUUAUUCGGCACACUCUACACGGAGCUCGGCAACAACCAUCACCAGGACCGCCUCGCAAUUUUACAGGAGAGAUUAAACCGCAAGAAGGAGAAUGUCUUCGACCUCUCCAACUCUUUCUCCCCAGGGAGAUACCUAGGCCUGAGUACCGACGAGCAGUGGAUGACAGUCAAGGAAAUAGGCCUGACUUUCGCGUACAUAAACGACGAUACCAUCUGGGGCAUGUGGUGCGAUACUUUCAAGGGUGUGUACGACCGGCUGGAUCGCUUUGACAAAUGGUACACGGGCGUCAAAAGCCCCAAUGAUCCAGAUGUCACACUAGCUGAGGAAUGGGGUAAGUAUAACCGCAUAGUCCUCGACUCCGCUGUCAGGAUCUACCGCGCAGUUUAUCUACCCCUGGUGAGAUUAUAUAUGCUAAUCAUAGCCCUACUAUCAGAACCAACAAUAUGGCUUCUUCGUGGACGGCUGAAGAGGCAAAGUGGCGUAACAUACGCGCUAAGAAUAGCAACACGGGCGUCUUUCACCUGA